AGCAAACGAUUUCAAUAGAAAAAACCUUUGUCUACGAACUGCUCUCGAAGAUGGCACUUUUACGCGCAAUACUGUUACUAUCAAUUGGGGCAAGCGUUUCGGCUGUUAAGGUGGCGGUACCUUCAUUGCGCAUUGCAGGUGGCGAGGUUGCAGAAAAACACUCCAUUCCUUACCAGGCAGAUCUCAUAGUGAAGUUUCCCGAGUCUGAAACCCUUUUUCGAACGGGGACUUUAAUUUCUCCCACUUAUGUAUUAACAGCUGCCAAUUGUGUUGUUGAUUCUUCCAAUAUUACCGUAAUAAUGGGAGUCUACAACGUUGAGGAUAAGAAGGAGCCUACAAGACGAAAGUACAAGGGAGUAUCUUAUACUGCGCAUCCACUUUACAAUGCAGAUGGCCUGAACGAUAUUGCCGUGGUGCGCCUGAAUCAAUCUGCUGAAAUCAAUGAGUACAUACAAGUUGCCUUAUUACCACGCUAUAGCUAUUUAUUUACAAAGCCCCUAAUAGGAAAGGUGGCCAAAGUGAGCGGAUGGGGAAACGUCGACGGCAACUCUGAUCCAGAACUGACCGUACUACGUUUCGCCGAGAUCACCAUCAGGCAUCAUACUGAAUGUCGGUCGAAGUUUCCACGCACUAAUUCUGGACAGUUGUGCGGCACCGACCCCGAGAGAUAUUUUGAAAUUAGCGACAUUGGGGCACCUCUCGUUUUAGGCAAAGUUCAGGUUGGAAUCGCAGCAGCAACGACUAUUAUAAACGGCACGGAACGUAGUCCCCAAAUUUACACACGGAUUGAUCGAUACCUACUUUGGAUUGGUUCCAAUACAGACGUCACCAUCGAAUUGUGAUUUUACUCAAUGCCCGAUAAUGUACUCCAAAGAUUAAAUCAUUUCAAAAAGUA